UAGAACCUAUGGACCUUCUACAAAAUAAUGAAGACAACCCAAGACAACUUUCACCAAAGCAAGAAUCUAAUGGCUCCACAAAACUAGCAACAUAAAAACUAGUAAAGCAUACCUUAACAUUCAACCUAAGCCCGACAAUUGAUUGGAAUGCAACCAAAAGGGAUUUUGAUAAAUCUUAAAAAAUGAAGAUGGGUGCUCACAAAUGGAGUCUUUGUUCUUACAAUAUCAUUCAAAGCUGCCAUAGAAAAACCAUAAUAUGUCUAUUUAUACUAGGAGUGAAAAAUGAGCAACAUAAAACAAUUCUUGGUCAAAAAGACACAUCCCGGACAAAACGCCCGACCGGGCGUUUCCCUAGGCUCAUUUCGCCCGCCAACAUGAAGUUUCUGGACAAAAAUCGAUCUCUCGACAAAAACGCCUGACCAGGCAUUUUGCAUGAGGAAAAGCGCCCGCGCGUUUCAUUCUACAUUGACCGACUUUCUUAAAACGACCAUAGGUUCCUCAUCCAGGCUCCGAUUGAGGCAUGCAAGAUACUCACAUGAUGCUAUUUCGACGAUGAAGACAAUGGUUGUCUUAGGAGAGAAUUUGGAUUUUAUCUUCAUAGGAAAAUUCUAGUUUGAAUCCGACCUCCAAAUUCGGCUUGGCUCCUUGUCAUGUCUCCACUUUAUUCUCGGACCCUAAUCAACCUAUGACCCGCGAUGUCUUGGUAAUUUAUGAUGUUGUGUAAAAAUUCUUUUUUUGUGAAUGCAUGUUAAUGGAAUUUCGUUUUAAUGAAGAGCUUUAGUUGUAUUCCGACUCAGGGAGUGACGCACAACCGUUAUGCUUCAUUUUUUAGUGACGCAUAACUAUCAUGCGUCAUUGUUUAGUGACGCAUAACCAUUAUGCGUCGUUGUUCAGUGCCGCAUAAGCAUUAUGCGUCUUUCCUUAGCGACACAUAACACUUAUGCGUCUUUGGCUAGUGACGCAUAAAGCUUAUGCGUCUUCCGGCGGGUUUUAAACAGGCAGCGAAGGCAGAACACUUCGCAUCAUAGACAGAAAGCCGCGACCUAAGCAACGAUUCCUAGUAAAUUCCGAUGAUUCCCAGUAAAUUCCGACGAUUCCCAGCAAUUUUCGGCGAAUUUCCACCAUUUUGCAACCAUAUUCCGGUAAUUGUUCUUAAAUUUGGCUAAAUACAUCAUUUAUGGCAUAAUUUGUGCAGGUUUUCCGUAAUUUAGCAAAAUUAGGGUUUAUGAUGAAAUUGAUGGGUUUUUGGUCUAUUUUUGUUGUUUUGUUGCCUAUACUUAGGAAUUAUGAUGAAAUUAGGGGUUAUAAUGAAAUUGAUGGAAAUUUUUGGUCGAUUUUCUGUAAUUUGUGUAUUUCAUAUGCAUAUUAUUUAGUAAAAUUAAGGUUUAUGAUGAAAUUGAUGGAUUUUUUGGUCGAUUUUCCGUAAUUUGUGUAUUUCAUAUGCAUAUAAUUAAAUGGGUAGAAGUAAUUGAUUCAGUUUUUGUAAUUGCGCCCCUUUUGUUGCCUAAUUUGAAUCUUGAUGAUGUUUCCAAAUUGGAAUAUAGAUUGUCGUUGUCAACUGAAGUUGCAAUUUAGUUAGAUUGUUGAGUUUUUAUGAACCUGAGGAUCCAUCAUUACUAUUUCAUCAAAACGAACACAUUUCAGCCUCAUUGUUGGCAAAUGGCACAACAAAUGUGUUGAGAGUUCGUAGGGCGAAGAGUAAGGUUUGGGCAGUGCCAAUACAUGAAAAUGUGAUGUAUUGGCUUUAUGUAUGGGGGUUCAGAGGCGUGGUUGAAUGUGGAAGGCCGAUGAGGAUGGACAAUGAGCUUAUAACUGCCUUGAUCGAGCACUGGAGGCCUGAGACACACUGUUUUCACCUUCCAGUUGGUGAAGUUACCGUAACCUUACAGGAUGUGCAAAGCCUGUGGGGUUUGAGAGCAGACAGUCGUGUUUUCACUGGCCGUGACUACCCUGUUGGAUAUGAAGAUUGGCCCAACAAGUGUAGAGAUGUGUUGGGAUGGAUACCUGACGCAAAAAUAGAAACGAAGCACGGUGGUUUGUUGAUGACAUCUCUGAUCCACCAAGCGACGAUGCCGUUGGGUGAUGGGCUGCAUGAUUAUGCAUACAUCUAAAGAGCACGCAUACAUGCUCUGAUCUUGUUAGGCGAGCUUAUUUUACCGGACACCACAGGGUGCAAGGUCCCCUUUAUGUGGUUAAAUGCCUUUGACGAUCCAGAAGAAGUGGCUAAUAUUAGUUGGGGUAGUGCUGCUUUAGCAUAUCUGUAUCAUUAUUUGUGCGAGGCUUCUGUAGGCAGGCAGAGAAGAGAUGUGGAUGGACCUAUGGUUCUUUUGCAGUUGUGGGCGUGGGAAAGAAUGCCUACAUUGAGGCCAGCCUUCUUGAUAUCGCCUAUGCACACGCCGUAUACCCCGUGCGGAGCCAAGUAAUGCAUUUUUUACAUUAACUCACUUAAUUAUGUACUUUUUUGGUAACUUAUUUUGACAUUAAUAUUAUGUAUAGGUGGCACGAAGUUACUGAAAUUGGAAAUGCUCCCCGACAUUCAGUAGCUCAUUAUCGUGAUCAAUUAUCACUGAUUCGUCCGGACCAGGUUAAAUUUAUUUUUGUUGUCUUAGUUAAUGAAUUUACUAUAGUAUGAAAUUAAUUGUGUUUUUCAUAUUAUUUUUUUGUAGUUUCUGUGGACACCGUAUGCAGAUUAUAUCCUGCCCGAUUACUACAUUGAUCCGACUACAUCCUUCUUGUGCGACACUUAUUUGGCGUGCUGGUCAUUUGUCGAGGCACACGAGGCUGGACGCGUUUGCCGACAAUUUAACCGCUACUAGCGUAUUCCUCAGUAUUGUGAUAGGAUGCUGCAUAAUGCCGGACAUCUGAUUAAAAGUCACCGCCGUGGGAGGAAGGGCGUCGAUUGGGCUAAGGUACAUAAAUUCUUCAUUGAUGAAUGGGAUUUGAGACACGACAGGUUCCAAGCAACUUUUGACCAUGCCACGGCGACCAUGGAUGGUCGCAUUAAUCAUAGGAUCAUAGUGCCGUACCUAGUUCAACCUGCGACACAGUCAACUGUUGGGAUGAACGAGUCAGCCUCUUCAAUGAAGAAAUUGGUUGAGACCCUUCAGGGGAUAUGGCAUUUGACCUCUGAACAUGACACAGACCCUCGGUUACGGCAGAUUCGGGAAAUGGCUGCUGAGGCCCUUCGUACGACGGAUCAUACUGAUGUGAUGGAGUAUCCAACUUCGCAAUGGCGAAAUGUGGUCAUGCCGCCACGCCCUCCAACUUCUCUUCGUCAUGGACUGCCGGGUGUCCGGACAGGUGGACACGAGAUUACACGACAGCAUAGGUUGUCGCAGCAGCAGCAGCCGCAACCUGAGUAUCCGGUACCAUAGCCCUUGAGUCCGGAGUACGAUCCCCCAGGAUAGUCUCAGUUGAGUGGUGCAAGCCACGAGCCCUCGCAAUGGGGAGCACGAACAUCAUGUGAUUCAUUCUUUGGCGGUGGGUUUGAUUGGGAUGCAGCUCAACCAGGACGUGAUCCAUAUUUUCAGAAUUAUCAAUUUGUGGAUCUUGUGGGGGAAGAAGAGGGCCAGGAAGAAGAUGACCAUGAAGACGAGGGCGGGGAAGACGAUGAUGAAGUUAUAUUUCGACCACCGAUCGAGGGAUCCUCACGUCCAACUGUGAAGAGUUCAUCAAGUAAGAUUGGGAAGGCUAUGCACAAUGUAUUAAGGGGAUUUUCAACAAGGAAGAACAAAGGGAAAGCUCCAACAAAGUUCACGCCUCCGGGGAAAUAAUAUUUCAACAAGGAAUAACAAUGUAGUUACAUUCAAAUAGUUUUUCUAUUAGUACUAAAAAAAUAGUCAUCUAACAAUUUCUUGUUUCUAGUUCAAUUCUUGCAAAAAUAAUUCUCAUGUUAUAUUUGUAAGU